GACAGGCGAGUUUCAAACAGAAAAACCGUAGAUCUCAUUCGGAUGUUUAUCAAGCCUAUCCUCCCGCAAACAAGGAAGUCACGUGAUAUAGGUCAGCAAUAUGUACUUGGGUCAAUCACGUUCUGGUAUAAGGGUGAAGCAAUGGUUAUCCGAAGACUUUGUGCACACUACAGCCAAUUAACAAAUGUUAUAGCAUCAGCAAACACUGGCCAUAUAAGCCCCAUAUUUUCAUACAAUAUCUCAAAUAGCCAGACAGUAAAACUCAAAAGCCAAUCCAAAAAGGGCUCCAAAUGCCAAUCAGGAAGUGUCUCUUUCAGCCAAUCACAAAGGUUCUCAAGCAACAAGUCAGGAAAUGUCUCCAACAGCCAAUCAGGAAGUAUCUCCAACAGCCAAUCAGGAAAUGUUGCCAACAGCCAAUCAGGAUGUAUCUCCAACAGCCAGUCUGGAAGAGUUUCCAACAGCCAAUCAAAAACCCUGUGCAGUGACAAUGCCAGCCAAUCUUUACUCUUCCAAAGCAGCAUGAGAGCUGAGAUAAUGAAACAUACAGAGCUCACUAGAGAUCACCUGACACCAGAGAUACAGCUCUACCUAGUGACAAGACAGUGUGAACUCUGGCACAGCAGGGGAGAUAACUCUCCCUUCGUGGACCCCUUCUGGGCCUUCUUCUGGCCAGGCGGCCAGGCAGUGACAAGGUACAUUCUGGACAACCGUGACAAGUUCCGACAGAGGAUGGUCCUGGAUGUUGGGUCGGGAUGUGGGGCUUCAGCCAUUGCUGCUGCUCAAUCUGGUGCCAAGGCUGUGGUGGCCAAUGACAUUGAUGCAGCUGCAACAGUGGCAGCCAAGCUGAAUGCAGAUGUGAACCUCUGUGACAUUACUGUAGAUUCCAGGAAUCUGAUUGGCUCAGUCUGCAACCAAUGGGAUGUUAUUAUUCUUGGUGAUAUGUUCUAUGACAGUGAGUUUGUAAGCUACAUCGGUGAUUGGUUGAGUCAUUAUCUGAAGGCUGGAACAUGUGUUCUCAUUGGCGACCCAGGCAGAUUGACAUUUGAAAAUCACCCAAUGAAAUCACAGCUUACAAAACUGGCUGAAUAUGAACUGCCAAAGCAAAGUCAACUUGAGAAUAAUGGGCUGAAUACAGCAGGUGUCUUUAUGCUGCAAGUGGGAUCUUGAUGGAAACUCCUGAUGUGAUGAAGCUGUAUUAUAUACUAGCCACAUAAAGAAACUGUGCACACAGAAAUUCCUUCAGAAUUGGAAUACAACACAGAAAAGACGACAUGAUGUAGACACUUUAUAAGCUGAAGUAUUGGGCCUCA